AUGACCAGCCAAAACGCUCAACCCGUGGCUACUGAAUCUCUCGCUCCAAUCACCUCCCGCAGCGGGACCAUUGCGAGAAAUGGUACGGAGAAUGAAGCUGGCGGAAGCGACCUGGUCACUCCUAGACGCUCAGGACGUCAAAUCCCUAACCGUAAGGGAGCUCAGAAUGAGCUCUCGCACUCGCCGCCUCAUGUACGGCGAAAGCUCCACGACGGACACCGAGCAGGUCACCCCAGACCGAGUUCAACAAGUCGACCGCCGCAUGUCGAGAAACAAUGCAUCAAGGCCUCGGAACCGGCAGAACGCCAGCACGAUAAAGGCCAGGGAGAACUCGAGGCCGACCACGCGCCCAAGUGGAACUCGACCACGUGUUAUGAGACGCCUAUAGUCCACAUUUUACCAUUGCCAGAGGAAGAAACAGAGGUCCUUGAGAUCAUCAUAGAAGAUAGUCCGGGAAAACUUUCUAGUCCUCUACCUCGAUCUUGA